GCCGCCACCAUGCACGCCGCGGAGCCCCCGCCACCCGAAGACUCCGGGACUCCAUCCAAGCCGAACUUUUAGAUCCCACGGAGUGAGGCCCGCGGGCCGGGUGGGGGAGAGACUGACCGCGGCAUUCCCCCGCGGAGGAUGGAUGGCCGAGACUUCGGGCCCCAGCGGUCCGUGCACGGCCCCCCGCCGCCGCUACUGUCCGGCCUGGCCAUGGACGGCCACCGCGUGGGCGCGGCCACUGCCGGACGUUUGCCCGCUUCGGGGUUGCCCGGCCCGCUGCCACCCGGGAAAUACAUGGCUGGCCUCAACCUCCACCCGCACCCGGGCGAGGCUUUCUUGGGCAGCUUUGUGGCCAGCGGGAUGGGGCCCUCGGCUUCAUCCCAGGGGAGCCCAGUGCCCCUGCCCUCUGACCUCUCCUUCCGCUCCCCCACCCCCAGCAACCUACCCAUGGUGCAGCUGUGGGCCGCCCACGCCCAUGAAGGCUUCUCCCACCUGCCCAGCGGGCUGUACCCAUCCUACCUCCACCUGAACCAUCUGGAGCCCCCCACCAGCGGGAGCCCUCUCCUCAGCCAGCUGGGCCAACCCAGCAUCUUCGAUACCCAGAAAGAUGGAUUCUACCUACCCGCCCCGGGGGCUCCGGGCACCCUGCACUCUCACGCGCCUUCCUCCAGGACCCCUGGUGGACACUCUUCGGGCGCUUCAGCCAAAGGUUCCUCCAGGGAAGGUUCAGCCAAGGAGAGGGCAGGCCGUGGUGGGGAGCCACCCCCCUUGUUCGGCAAGAAGGACCCUCGGGUACGGGAGGAGGUGGCCGGCUCGCGUGGCGUGGUGGACUUGACCCAGGAGGCCCGGGCUGAAGGCCGCCAGGACCGUGGGCCUCCGCGCCUAGCCGAGCGCCUGUCUCCCUUCUUGGCCGAGGCCAAAGGGAAGAGCGCGUUGCAGCCUUCCGCUCUGAGCUUGUGCAACGGCUCGGUGGACCUGGGGCUGGUGGCCGAGGCCAGCCGCGGUGGCGCCAAGGAGGUGUCCCGGCAGGAGGAGAGCGCGCGGCUGCUGCGGCGCGCCGAGGCCCUGCUGCCCGCGCCCAGGCCCUGCGCGUCCCCGCUGCCCCCGCCGCCGCCCCACAAGGGUCCCCCGGCGCCCCCAGCCUCGGCGCCUGCCGGCGUCUACACGGUGUUCCGCGAGCCGGGCCGCGAGCACCGCGUCGUGGCGCCCACCUUCGUGCCUUCCGUGGAGGCCUUCGAUGAGCGCGCGGGGCCCAUCCAGAUCGCGUCCCAGGCGCGCGACGCCCGCGCCCGCGAGCCGGGCCGCCCCGGGGUCUUGCAAGGUCCACCCGGUUCCCCCAGACCCGAGCGGCCCGAGGUCCUGCGCGAGAAGAGCUCGGUGAUCCGCUCGCUCAAACGCCCACCGCCCGUGACAGAUGCACCCCAGGCCCGGGCCAGCGCCAGGGCCUCCCCGGACGCGCGCGCCUACCUUCCGUCCAAGGAACUACUCAAGCCCGAGGCCGAGCCGCGGCCCUGCGAGCGGGCGCCCCGAGCAGCAGCAGCAGCAGCAGCAGGAGGAGGAGGAGGAGGAGGAGGAGGAGGAGGAGGCCCCAGCGCCACCGCCAAGCUCUUCGGCCUGGAAAGCUCGAGACCUCCCGCGGCCACGGGGCCCGAGCACAAGUGGAAACCCUCCUUCGAGCUGGGCAACUUUGCCACCACGCAGAUGGCGGUGCUGGCCGCGCAGCACCAUGCCAGCCGUGCCGAGGAGGAGGCGGCAGCCGCCGCUGUCGCCGCCGCCACCGCCGCGGCCUCCAAAAAGGCCUACCUGGACCCCGGGGGUGCCGUGCCCCGAGCCGCGGCCACCUGCGGCCGGGCUGGCACCGACCUCCAUCCCACAGCCCACGGAGGGCCCGGGGAGGCCUCGGCCAUGCAGAGCCUCAUCAAGUACAGCGGCAGCUUCGCCCGCGAGGCCGUGGCCGUGCGCCCUGGUGGCUGUGGCAAGAAGAGUCCUUUUGGAGGCCUGGGCACCAUGAAACCCGAGCCCACACCCACCUCUGCUGGUGCCUCCCGCACCCAGGCCCGGCUCAUGCAUUCUGGAGUCCCCGCAGCCGGAGGAGGCCGGCAGCUGAAGAGGGACCCCGAGAGACCCGAGAGUGCCAAGGCCUUCGGGAGAGAAGGCUCUGCGCAGGGGGAGGCCGAAGUGAGGCACCCACCCGUGGGGAUUGCUGUGGCCGUGGCCCGGCAGAAGGACAGUGGGAGCAGCAACCGACUUGGACCUGAUCAGGAACGUUCUUUGUCAUUGAGCAAUGUCAAAGGGCACGGCCGGGCGGACGAGGACUGUGCGGAGGAGCGGGCCCGACAUCGCGGGGAGCGGCUGCCAGGAGGACGGCUGGACAGAGACCAGGAGAAGCUGCUCCGAGAAAGUAAGGAGUUGGCUGACCUGGCUCGUUUGCACCCCACCAGCUGUGCUCCUAAUGGCCUGAACCCCAACCUCAUGGUGACAGGUGGCCCGGCGCUGGCAGGUUCCGGCCGCUGGUCUGCCGACCCUGCGGCCCACCUGGCCACACACCCCUGGCUGCCUCGCUCAGGAACCACAUCCAUGUGGCUUGCAGGACAUCCCUAUGGCCUGGGCCCUCCCUCUUUACAUCAGGGCAUGGCCCCCACGUUUCCACCUGGUUUGGGAGGCUCCUUGCCAUCGGCCUACCAAUUUGUCAGGGAUCCCCAGUCUGGCCAACUGGUGGUCAUCCCUAGUGAUCACCUGCCUCACUUUGCGGAGCUCAUGGAGAGAGCAGCCGUGCCACCCCUCUGGCCAGCCUUGUAUCCGCCGGGCCGCAGCCCCCUGCACCACGCCCAGCAGCUGCAGCUCUUCUCUCAGCAGCACUUCCUGCGGCAGCAAGAGCUGCUGUACCUGCAGCAGCAGGCGGCCCAGGCCCUGGAGCUGCAGCGGAGUGCCCAGCUGGUGCAGGAACGGUUGAAGGCACAGGAGCAUCGUGCUGAGAUGGAAGAGAAAGUGAGCAAGCGGAGCCUGGAGGCUGCCAGCAAGGCCAGCCUAGCGGCCACUGGCCCAGGACUGCUGCCUCGCAAGCCCCCUGGCCUGGCCUCAGGCCCUGCGGGCACCCACAGCAAGGCCAUGAGUCCCCCGCCAUCUCCCCGCGCUUCCCCUGUGACCGCUUUGAAGGCUAAGGUCAUCCAGAAGCUAGAAGAUGUGUCCAAGCCGCCCACCUACGCCUACCCUGCCACGCCCAGCUCUCACCCCAGCAGCCCGCCACCUGCCUCCCCGCCGCCUACCCCUGGCCUCACCCGCAAGGAGGAGGCCCCGGAGAAUGUUGUGGAGAAGAAGGACCUGGAGUUGGAGAAGGAAGCGCCAAGCCCCUUCCAGGCUUUAUUCUCAGAUAUCUCACCCAGGUUCCCAUUCCAAGCUCUGCCGCCACACUAUGGGAGACCCUACCCCUUCCUGCUGCAGCCCACCGCAGCCGCCGACGCCGACGGCCUGGCCCCCGACGUACCUCUCCCUGCGGAUGGGCCUGAACGCCUGGCCCUCUCUCCCGAAGACAAGCCCAUCCGCCUGUCACCCUCCAAGAUCCCAGAGCCGCCGCAGGAGAGCCCCGAGGAAGAGCCUCUGGCAGACCGGGAGGUGAAGGCGGAAGUCGAGGACAUAGAUGAGGGGCCCGCGGAGCUGCCUCCCCUGGAAUCACCUCUGGCCCUGCCUGUUCCGGAGACCAUGGUGGCUGCCAGCCCUGCAGGCAGCUGUGGGGGCGGCCUGAUGGAGGCCCAGGCGCUGACCACCACCGGGCAGGGCUGUGGGGAGCCCUCCGAGGGCGCAGACUUUGCACAGGCGGCCGAAGCACAGGGACAGUUAGCAGGCCGGACGGAACCCCAUGUGGCCACUCUGGAGCUGGGGCCACAGCUGACACCUGAGCCACUGGUGGAGACUAAAGAGGAACCCGUGGAGGUGCCCCUGGAUGUGCCCAUGGAGGAGCCCAUUACGGAGGCAGGACCUGAGGAAUGCCUGGCCCAGCCGGCUCUAAGUGACCCGCAGCCCACCCUGGAGCUGCCAGACUGUGAACUGCCUGUCAGGGAGGACCAGCGUCCUAACCUUGAGGCCCAGGAGGCCACACCCAUACCAGGCAGUGCCUGCUACCCUGAAGAGACAAGCUCUGAACCGCUCUCGACAGGCCUGGAGGACCCAUUGGCUGGCAUGAAUGCUCUGGUGGCAGCGGCUGAGUUGCCCCAGGCCAGGCCUCUGCCAUCCCUGGGCACAGGAGUCCAGCCUGUGGAGAAGCUGGCUGCGGCCCCGAGCCUGGUCCUGGAGCACAGCUUCCUGCAGGGGAUCACCUUGCUGAGUGAGAUUGCUGAGCUGGAGCUGGACAGGAGGAGCCAGGAGACCACAGGUGCAGAGCCAAGCUUGGCUGUGCGGCCCUCCCUGGAGAGCCUGCUGGCGGCCAGCAGCCACAUGCUGAAGGAGGUGCUGGACAACCCCCUGGUGGACCCACUCAAGAACCUGCGGCUCCCUCGCGAGCUGAACCCAAACAAGAAGUACAGUUGGAUGCAGAAGAAGGAGGAGCGGAUGUACGCCAUGAAGUCCUCCCUGGAGGACAUGGCUGCGCUGGAGCUGGACUUCCGCAUGCGGCUGGCCGAGGUGCAGCGACAGUACAAAGAGAAGCAGCGGGAGCUCAUCAAGCUGCAGCGCCGCCGGGACUCUGGGGACAGGCACGAGGAUCCCCAUAGAAGCUUGGCACGCAGAGGCCCUGGCAGGCCACGGAAACGGACCCACACCCCGAGCGCCCUGUCGCCCCCCCGCCAGAGAGGGAAGAGACACAGCAGUAGCGGAAAGCUGAGCAGCAAGGCCCUGCUGACGGCGGACGACUGCGAGCUGGGGGGAGGGCUGAGGAAGAGGCACAAGGGGCCCGAGGAGGAGCACGGCGGCCUCGGCCUCGCUGCGACGGGGAAAGCCGGCGGGAGGAACCAGAGCUGGGACGCGCUCGAGGCCUCGUCCGACUUCAUGAGUCAGCUAAAGAUUAAGAAGAAGAAGUUGGCCAGCGACCAGGAGCAGUUGGCGAGCAAGCUAGAUAAAGCCCUCUCCCUCACAAAGCAGGACAAGUUGAAGUCACCUUUCAAGUUUUCGGACAGUCCCGGGGGCAAAUCCAAAACUAGCGGGGGCUGCGGCAGGUUCCUGACUCCGUAUGAGAGUCUGCUGGGCAAGGACAGAAAAGCUCUGGCCAAAGGGCUCGGCCUCUCUCUGAAACCCUCCAGAGAAGGUAAACACAAAAGGGCCGCCAAAGCCAGGAAGAUGGAGGUGGGGCUCAAGGUCAGAGGCCAGUCCAAGACUGCGCAUUCUCCAUUUGCCUCGGAAGUGAGCAGCUACUCCUACAAUACGGACUCAGAGGAAGAUGCAGACUUCGUGAAAGAUGAGUGGUCUGCCCAGGGCCCCUGCAGCUCCAAACUGACCUCAUCCCUCCUGUGUAGCAUGGUGGCCAAGAGCAGCAAGCCAACCACAGGCCCCAAACUGACCAAGAGGGGCCUGGCGGGCCCCCGGACUCUGAAAGCCAAGGUGGCCGCCAGCAGGAAGCAGCCCUUCUGUUUGCUGCUUCAAGAGGCAGAGACCCGUGCCUCCUUCAGCGACUCUUCGGAGGAUUCCUUUGAUCAAGAUGAGAGCUCGGAGGAGGAUGACGAGGAGGAGGAAGAGCUGGAGGAGGAGGAGGAGGAGGAGGAGGCCAGAGGCAGCUAUAGGCUGGGUGCCCGAGAACGGGCCCUGUCACCAGGCCUGGAGGAGAGCGGCCUGGGGCUGCUGGCCCGCUUCGCCGCCAGCGCCCUCCCGAGCCCCACCGCGGGGCCGUCGCUGUCAGUGGUGCAGCUGGAGGCCAAGCAGAAGGCCCGCAAGAAGGAGGAGCGGCAGAGCUUGAUGGGCACGGAGUUUGAGUACACAGACUCGGAGAGUGAAGUCAAGGUCCGCAAGCAGUCUCCCGCAGGGCUGCUGCGGCCCAAGAAGGGGACCGGGGAGCCCGGCCCAUCCCUGGCUGUGCCCACACCUGGUGCCCGGGGCUCUGGACCCACCAGCCCCGACAAAGCCAAGCUGGCCACGGAGAAAGGACGCAAGGCUCGGAAGCUGCGAGGCCCCAAGGAGCCUGGCUUCGAGGCAGGGCCCGAGGCCAGCGACGACGACCUGUGGACGCGGCGCCGCAGCGAGCGCAUCUUCCUGCACGACGCCUCGGCCGCGGCCCCCGCGCCCAGCGCAGCGCCGGCCCCCAAGCCCAGCCGCUGCGGCAAGGGCGGGGCGCCCAGCCCGCGCAAGGACGCGGGCCGAGCCCGGGACAGGAAGGAGCCCAGGAAGAAGAAGAAGGGGAAGGAAACCGGGUCAGCAGCCACACUGCCCCCUGAGGCCAGGGCCUCUCAUACUGGCUCCCUCGCGACGUCCAAGAGGAGCAAGGCCAAGGCCAAAGGGAAGGACGUAAAGAGAGAGAACCGGGGGAAAGGAGGGGCUGUGAGCAAGCUGAUGGAGUGCAUGGCCGCCGAGGAGGACUUCGAACCCAGCCAGGACUCGAGCUUCUCUGAAGACGAGCACCUGCCCCGCAGCGGGGCCGCAGAGCGACCCCUGACCCCGGCCCCCCGCUCUUGUAUCAUCGACAAAGACGAGCUGAAAGACGGCUUGCGUGUGCUCAUCCCCAUGGACGACAAGCUGCUGUACGCGGGGCACGUGCAGACGGUGCACUCGCCCGACAUAUACCGGGUGGUGGUGGAGGGUGAGCGCGGGAACCGACCCCACAUCUACUGCCUGGAGCAGCUGCUGCAGGAGGCGAUCAUCGAUGUAAGGCCGGCCUCCACACGCUUCCUCCCCCAAGGGACCAGGAUCGCAGCCUACUGGAGCCAGCAAUACCGCUGCCUCUAUCCAGGCACCGUGGUCCGAGGGCUGCUGGACCUGGAGGAUGACGGCGACUUGAUCACUGUGGAGUUUGACGAUGGGGACACAGGCAGGAUCCCCCUCUCACACAUCCGCCUCCUGCCGCCCGACUAUAAGAUCCAGUGUGCCGAGCCAUCCCCCGCUCUCCUGGUGCCCAGUGCCAAGCGCCGCAGCCGUAAGGCCAGUAAAGAUACUGGAGAAAGCAAAGAGGGGUCGGCGCCUGUGUCCGAAGAGACCCCAGGAGGCAAAGCACGAGGGCGCGGGCGGAAACCCAGUGCCAAGGCCAAGGGUGACAGAGCUGCUGUCCUGGAAGAGGGGUCCCCCACAGGUGAAGUCCCCAGCGCCCCCUUGGCCCUGGAGCCCACCAGUACGCCCAGUUCCAAGAAGAAUGCCACAGAACCUGUGGACAAGCGGGCCAAGGCCCCCAAGGCUCGCUCGGCCCCCCCACAGCCCAACCCCACGCCAGCCGCCUUCGCCAGCUGCUCGGCUCCCGAGCCCUUCGGGGAGCUGCCGGCUCCCUCCACAGCCCCCCUCAUCAGCAUGGCUGCCACCCGCCCCAAGCCCAAGAAAGCUCGAGCCACUGAGGGGUCGGGCUCUAAGGGCCCUCGAAGGCCAGGGGAGGAGGCUGAGCUGCUUGUCAAACUGGACCAUGAGGGGGUCAUGUCCCCCAAAAGCAAGAAGGCCAAAGAGGCCCUGCUCCUGCGGGAAGACCCAGGGCCUGGGAGCUGGCCGGAGCCCGCGGGGCUGCUGACCCUGGGCAGCUACCCUCCGGCAGCAGGCAGUGCAGAGCCCAAGGCAGCCUGGCCGAAAGCCCUGGAAGGUGACCUCCCCCAGGAGCCCGGGCCGGGGCUCCCGCUAGAGGACCCUGGGAAUCCCAAGAGCCCGGACAAGACCCAGGCUGAGCAGGACGGGGCUGAGGAGUCCGAGACCAGCAGCAGCAGCGGCAGCAGCAGCAGCAGCAGCAGUAGCAGCAGCAGCAGCAGCAGCGGCUCUGAGACGGAAGGGGAGGAGGAUACGGAGAAGAACGGGGAGGAUGGCCGCGGCACGGAGGGCCGCACCUGCAGUGCUACCAGCUCCAGGGCCUCCUCCCCGGCCUCCUCCUCUUCCUCCUCCUCUUCCUCUUCCUCCUCUUCUUCCUCUUCUUCUUCCUCCUCUUCCUCUUCGUCGUCGUCCUCUUCGUCGUCCUCUUCAUCCUCCUCUUCAUCCUCCUCUUCCUCCUCUUCCUCCUCUUCCUCAUCUUCCUCCUCCUCUUCCUCUACCACAGACGAGGACUCCUCUUGCAGCUCCGAUGACGAGACGGCCCCCACACCUGCCCCUGCCCCUGCCGCUGGCCCCUCCACCCAGCCAGCCUUGCCCACCAAGGUGUCCAAGCCACCCAGUAAGGCGCGUUCCUCCACCCACUCCCCGGGCAAGAAGGCGCCCGCCGCCCAGCCGCCGCCCCAGCCGCCGCCCCAGCCCCCGCAGCCUCUGCAGCCCAAGGCCCAGGCUGGGGCUGGGGCCAAGAGCCGACCCAAGAAGAGGGAGGGCGUGCACCUGCCCACCACCAAGGAGCUGGCCAAGCGGCAGCGCCUGCCCUCCGUGGAGAACCGGCCCAAGAUCGCCGCCUUCCUCCCUGCCCGGCAGCUUUGGAAGUGGUUCGGCAAGCCCACCCAGCGGCGGGGCAUGAAAGGCAAGGCUCGCAAGCUCUUCUACAAGGCUAUCGUGCGUGGCAAGGAGAUGAUCCGCAUAGGGGACUGUGCCGUGUUCCUGUCGGCUGGCCGCCCCAACCUGCCCUACAUCGGCCGCAUCCAGAGCAUGUGGGAGUCUUGGGGUAACAACAUGGUGGUGCGGGUCAAAUGGUUCUACCACCCAGAGGAAACCAGCCCCGGCAAGCAGUUCCAUGAGGGCCAACACUGGGACCAGAAGUCUGGGCGCAGCCUCCCCCCAGCCCUGCGGGCCUCCAGCCAGAGAAAGGACUUCAUGGAGCGUGCCCUGUACCAGUCCUCCCAUGUGGACGAGAACGACGUGCAGACGGUGUCCCACAAGUGCCUGGUGGUGGGUCUGGAGCAGUACGAGCAGAUGCUGAAGACCAAGAGGUACCAGGACAGCGAGGGCCUGUACUACCUCGCGGGCACCUACGAGCCCACCACGGGCAUGAUCUUCUCCACGGAUGGUGUGCCCGUGCUCUGCUGAGCACUGCCCACCUGCCCGCCGGAUUGUGUCCCAAGGACCUAAAGGAACCCCUCACCACCACUGCCAUGGCGCGGGACCACGUGUGUUGUGUGCAUGCCAGUGUGCCCGUGGGCACGUGCAUGUGGCCAGGUGUGUGUGUGUGAAUGCCCCGGGCGAGUGAGCGUGUACAUGUGUGUGCCCGUAUGCAUGCACGUGUGUGCACACAUGUGCACACGCCUCCCCCGUCGCCCCUGACACAGGGGCUCCAUUCGGCUAUUGGGCUCUGGCUCUGCUGUCCCCUCGGAGUUGCCUGAGCCGGCGACAGGCCCCCACCUCCCCCAGCACCUUGUGCACGCUUGUCCAGGCCGCCCUUUGGGCUCUGGCCUGUGCAGACCGUGAUGGUGUGGGGAGAGUUGGAAGGAACCAGACAGAUGCUCGCCCUGCCCUGCGGUCCAGCCACCUCCGGGCCCAGCAUGGAGCCCAGCCAUGGCCUCCCCCCACAGGUUGGGCGGACCCCAAUGCCAGCCAGCCUCACUGACCACCCCAGGCAUUCAUCCAAGCACCCACCAUGCCUGGCCUCCACCCUCUCAGGACAGCCUGGACUUGGGGAAUGAGCCGGGGCCAGGGGUUGAAGGGGAGGGGAGGUGGUCUAGGAACAUCACCAGGCACCCAGUGGCCCUCCCCCCACCCAGACCCUCACACUACAGAAAACCCCAAUGGUGCUGAUACCCGCGCCCACGCCUGGCCACGCCCAGCCCCUCUGCCAGGAGGCGGCAGCAUGGUUAGCCUGUACAGUUUUAUUGUACUACCAAGACUCACCCGCCCCUGUAUCAUAUGCCUUUAAAUGGAGUCAACUUUUUAAUUAUAUAUAUAAAGAUAAAUAUAUAUAAAUAUAUAUAAAUAUAAACUUUUUAAAACUGUGAAAAAAAUAGCUAAGAAAUUAUAAAAAACACAUUCUGACGUGCAGAAUAUUAUUUUUUAUUUCCUGUUAGAUUGUGAGUGUCUAGCACCCGGCUUCACGGCCCCCCAAUCCUCUGCACCCCCACCCUGCCCAUGUGUACUGUAUGCACCCCCCGAGAUGGAGAAAGAGAGAGAGAGAGAUGGAGGGGAACCGAGCCUGGCCCCAGCUCGGCCCAAAAAGCACUUAGCCAGCCCCCCAUGCCUGCCGGCCCCCGUGGGCCAGUGGGCUAUGAGCAGACAAUCCAGAAGGAAGGAAAAGCCAGUCUUCGGUUUUGUUUUUUUUUUGGGGGGGAAUGUUUUCCUGUUUUUUUUUUUCUUUUUAAGUUUCUUUUGGAAUUUUGUUUGUUGGCAAAUUCUGUGUGAUCUUUUUCAUAAAAAAAAAAAAAAAGA